AUGGAUCAAAGCGAGAUUACAAAGAAGGGACACGUAUGUAACAACUUUAUUUUAUUCCCACAGAAUGUUAUACUUCCAUGUACACAUAGUUCAUGUCAACAAGGAUCAGAGUGUCACGUGUUGAAAAAUGGAAGCACUGUCUGUGUCAAGACAGAAUGCGUAGACAGCCCUGUCGUGGCGAAUUCCACAAGUCUGGUCAGGGAGCGGAAGGUAGGACAACAGGUCACCAUUGUCUGCAAUGAAGGAUUCAUUCUUAGCGGAAGUCCACAGAGAACAUGCCUAGGAAAUGGACAAUGGACAGGUGCCAACAUCACCUGUAUAGAAUGCGGAGUCGAUGACUAUUGUACUUACAACCGAGCUCAAGAUAAUUGUUUCUGCCAAGGAAAGAAUCUACUCAAAUAUAAUCCAACAUCUAUGGAAAUUACCAAUAUAUACCCAGGUAGGUAAUGUAGGGGUGUCAAUGACAUUAAAGG